AACUUUUCAUCACUUCGUGGAACAUAUCAUGAAUGGCACCGAAACCCAAAUAACGUAUAGCUAUUUGAAUGAUGAGCUAUUGAGUGAGUUCCAAGGGCAAGGGACCGAACAGUUGAUCCAAUUAAUUGAGGCUCCUGCUCAACCUGAUGUUGAUGCUUACGAAUUGGUUGGAACUGUCUUUACAGAAUUAAUUAUGGUGCUAGAAGAUGGGAAAUUAGAUCCUGAAGCCAUCAUCGAGUUUUUGUCGAGCUGCAUCAAAGAUGAAGAAACCGCAAACCACUUCUGCCAAGUCUUGAACUUAUUCCCAUUGUCUGAACCUGUGGAAUCUUUAAUAAAGAAGCUUCAUACUAAUCAAAAGGUAAUUCAACCUUCUAGUCUUGCUAAAUUCCUAUCAACCGAUACCCUAGGAAAAUUGGGCAUUGUACCUGGUGAUACUCUUUCAAAGCAAUUGAACACUCGCAAAAGAGACGAGUACUAUACUCAGAAGAAGUUCAAUUUACUUCAUGAAGAACCUGAAGGGUUUGCAAGACUUAUAGUGGAGUUGAUGAAUAUCUUAAGAAGUGGCGAGUCUGAAUCUCAGGUUGAUUACGCCAUAAAGAUGGUAGAUACAAUCAUUGGACACUAUAGCUUGGAUCCCAAUAGAGUCUUUGAUGUGACUUUUGACUGUUUCUCCAAUAGUUUAAUCAGUAAUGAAAAGUUCAUUAUUGCAUUCUACAAAAAAUCUCUAUGGUGGCCCCAAGUUAACAGUGACAACUCCUCAUUGAACAGCCUAUCACUUGGUGGAGAUGAUGACUUAGCCAAGAUAAUUGGUCUCAGAUUGGUCAAGCCUAGUGAAGAUAAAGCGUUUGCCGAAACCACUAAGCUAUUAAUUGCCAUUCUCAUAAAAGAAGGCUUGGUAAGCUUUGGCUCUGUAUACAAAUUCUUUGGUCCUGAUGAUGAACAGAUGGCCAAGUUAGAACGACUCCAUAAGAAGGGUCUAGAAGAGGAAGUGUUUAAAUCUAGUGCCAAUGCUCUAGCCUUAGCUGCACCUUUGAUGGAUGAAGAAGAAUCCGAAGGUCUGAGCACCAAUACUAACAAAAAAACUGGUGACCUAACUACAGAAGAACAAAUAGCCGAUUUGUUGGGCAUCAACUUGAAAUUCCAAAUGUUAAAGUCCUUCUUAGCUGUAGGGUUAUAUUGGCCUUCUGUGUUUAUUUUGACUGAAUAUCCAUUUUUGGCAUUGGUGGAUGAGGAAGUAGGAGAAUUGAUUUGCCGUUUAUAUCAUCAUAUGAUCACUCCCUUGUAUGGAAUGCAUACCAACUUACUUGAGGAUGACCUUGCAGCUUUGCUGAAGCCCAAACAAAUCGCGAUUCAAAGACCCAAUAACGAAGUCUAUUAUCAGGACUACACUCCUCACACAUAUUUAACAUUCAAGGCCACAACCCAGGACUAUUUCCAUAAAAGAUUUGUUUACUUCUAUGACAAUUGGACGUCAGGAUUACCACUAAUUCAUUCAAGCGAACAAUUGUUUCAACAGUGUCAGGGCUUACUUAAGUUUUUGAAUGUCCAAUUUGCAAAAGACAUUCAACUCUUUGUAAAAAUAUGUAAAAUAGGUGUCAGUGAAAUUGAACUGUCGGGUCCAACUGAUGAAUGGUUUACAUUUUUCAGAAAUCAGAUGUUUCCUGCAAUCUCAGUAUUACAGGAAAAUAGUAUAGCGGUUGAAAAUGCUUAUCAAAUAUUAUCUUUCUAUCCAAAGGAAAAUCGAUUCAACCUUUACAGUGAGUUUCACCAAGUAACAUCCAAGAACAAUCCUUAUAUCAAGAUUUCAUACGGGAAGGCUGAAAAGAACACUAAAGAUGUAUUGAAAAGAUUAUCAAAAGAAACAGUAAGACCUAUGAUGAGAAGAAUUGCCAAAAUUAGUUUCUGCAACCCCUUACCCUGCUUCUUGACCAUUUUACAACAGAUUGAAAGUUACGACAAUCUUAAUUCAUUGGUAGUGGAAACAGCCAGAUACUUUAAUAGCUAUGGAUGGGAUGUGUUAACGUUAGCUAUUAUGAUGAGGGUCACUGCUAGUGGUAGAAGUAAUAUCCAAACAAAUGGGCUCUUUGAACGUCAGUGGAUCCAAUCAUUGGCUUCAUUUGUUGGGAAAAUAUGCCACAGAUAUCCAAAUUCUAUUGAUAUCAGCACCUUGUUGGAGUUUAUUUUAAAGUCUUUGCAUAGCAAUGAUACCAGUGUUUUGACAAUAUUCAAGGAAAUGCUCCUUUCAAUGGGUGGCUUAACAAGUUCCAAUAAUUUAACUUUGGACCAAAUUUACCGCUUAAAUAGUGGUGACACGUUAAAAAGGUUGAUCUACUCCACCAUAAAUGAUACUAGGUAUAGCAACAGCAAGGCUGGAACUAUUUUGGUGAAGAAUCUUGUUGAGUUGGACUGCGUCAAUGAAUUUUUGGUUCUAUUAUAUCAAAUGAAUGAAAACGUAACUUAUGAAGAUAAUGAAUUACAUCUCAAAGUUAUCACCAAUAGAAAAGAUGAUUUACUGACUGUUAUGCAACUCUUCUGUGAUUUAAUUAACUUUUAUGUUCAGGAUGAGCUCUUUGAUGAAAAGCUCUCGCCCAUCUCCAAACUAUCCUAUACUUGUCACGUUCCCCCGGAAUGGGUAUUUGAGAUUUGGAGAAAGCAUAUGGACCCAUAUUCAAACGAUUUUCUUGCUAAAGAUAUGGAAGGAUUCAAACCUUACCUUGGAGACUAUGUUUGGCAAUCCUUAUCUCCAGGUCUCUACAGCACUUUCUGGCAAUUGUCGUUGUACGAUGUUAAUUACGUUGACUACCUUUAUAUAUCAUCGGCUGAAAAGCAUCAAAAUUCACUUGAAAGCCUCGAAACGUCUUACACUAAGAGCAAGAGAGCACAUGCGUCUCGUCAAGAUAUCGAGCUGAAAAAAGAUGCUUUUGAAGUUGUGCAAAAGCUAGUAUCUGACAUUCCGGUGGACCAACAGAAGCAUGAACUGCACUACAAUAAGGUUAUUGCAAGAAUUACUGAAGAAUCCUCACUGUGGUUCGUCAAAAAUGACGAGGGGGUUGCCAUGAAAAUGUUUUUGCAGUAUUGUAUUUUACCAAGAGCUGUACAUUCGUCAUUCGAUGCAGUUUAUUCCGCCAAGUUUGUGUUUAAGUUAUUUCAAGUGGGAGUUCAAAAAUUCUCUCUCGAAGAAUAUUUGAAUUACUUGUUUCAAAGCAGGGUGUUGUUUGGAACAUUCUUUACGUCAACUUUGACAGAAUCGGAAAAUUUGGGAUUGUUCUUUUCCGAAUUACUAAUUGAAUUGAAUUCUUGGUGUAAUAAUGAAACUUUCGAAAAGUUAACAAAUGGGUUGACAAACAAAGAAGGCGUUACAUUGUCCUUCAAAGGAUUCAAGGAUUUAUUGUAUUCUUAUCAUACUAGCUUGUUGGAUGAUUUAUUGACUACAUUGAACUCUACGGACUACAUGUGUCGUAGAAACUCGAUUAUUUUCUUGAAGAAUAUAAUUCACAUAUAUCCAGUGGUAGAAGAUCAAUGUGAACAAUUGGCGGAAGUAAUUCAACAGAUAAUCAACACCGAGGAAAGAGAGGAUCUUAAGCUUGCAGUCAAUGCUUUGAUUGGACAUAUUAAAGCAAGACAAAGUAAAUGGAUCCACUUAUGGGAUUUCAUUGAAAUGCCAGAGGCUCAACUUGAAGUUCAUAGGUCCAAGCGUGAAGCAAUUGCUAACGAGAUUCGUAAGAUCAACGAAGCGAAGAGACUCAAGGAGCAGCUAGAAUAUGAAGAAAGAGAAAGAAUACAGAAAGAAAGAGCUGAAACUCUCAGACGCGAGAAGGAAGCGGAGGCUCUAAAAGUGAAGGAGAAACAAAAGCUUAGUUAUGAUGAAAGUUCUCAAACUACAUCAACUCGGGCAGAUGUUAGAAAAGAUGGAGUUGAAUCUAGAAAAGACUAUUAUUCCAAAUACGAGAAUUUCAGUAAAGCCAGUACUCCUUCUGGAACACGUCCUACUUCUGAAAAUGGAAAUG